GGGGUGGGGGGAGGACAGGAGGGGAGGAGGAGGGAGGGGGGACCCCCGAGUCACCCCCUCUCCUCCCCCCGCCCCCCCGGCUCCAUCCUCCGCCGCCGCCCGAGCAGCUGCGGGCCGCCACUGCCGCCUUUGCAGGCUGAGUCAUCACUAGAGAGUGGGAAGGGCAGCAGCAGCAGAGAAUCCAAACCCCAAAGCUGAUACCACAGAGCACCGUUUCUCCAAGUUGGGGGCUGGUGGGGAGCCAUCAUGAGCGAUGUUACCAUUGUGAAAGAAGGCUGGGUUCAGAAGAGGGGAGAAUAUAUAAAAAACUGGAGGCCAAGAUACUUCCUCUUGAAGACAGAUGGCUCAUUCAUAGGAUAUAAAGAGAAACCUCAAGACGUGGACUUACCUUAUCCCCUCAACAACUUCUCAGUGGCAAAAUGCCAGUUAAUGAAAACAGAACGACCAAAGCCAAACACAUUUAUUAUCAGAUGCCUCCAGUGGACCACCGUUAUAGAGAGAACGUUUCAUGUAGACACGCCAGAGGAAAGGGAAGAAUGGACAGAGGCUAUUCAGGCUGUGGCAGACAGACUUCAGAGGCAAGAAGAGGAGAGAAUGAACUGCAGCCCGACCUCACAAAUUGACAACAUCGGGGAGGAGGAGAUGGACGCGUCUACAACCCAUCAUAAAAGAAAGACAAUGAAUGAUUUUGACUAUUUGAAACUACUAGGUAAAGGCACUUUUGGGAAAGUUAUUUUGGUUCGAGAGAAAGCAAGUGGGAAAUACUAUGCUAUGAAGAUUCUGAAGAAAGAAGUUAUUAUUGCAAAGGAUGAGGUGGCACACACUCUCACGGAAAGCAGAGUACUAAAGAACACUAGACAUCCCUUUUUAACGUCCUUGAAAUAUUCCUUCCAGACUAAAGACCGUUUGUGUUUUGUGAUGGAAUAUGUUAAUGGUGGAGAGCUGUUUUUCCAUUUGUCGAGAGAGCGGGUGUUCUCCGAGGACCGCACGCGCUUCUACGGCGCGGAGAUCGUCUCGGCCUUGGACUACCUGCAUUCCGGGAAGAUUGUGUACCGGGAUCUCAAGUUGGAGAAUUUGAUGCUGGAUAAAGAUGGCCACAUAAAAAUUACAGAUUUCGGGCUUUGCAAAGAAGGGAUCACGGAUGCAGCCACGAUGAAGACGUUCUGUGGGACACCGGAGUACCUGGCCCCGGAGGUGCUGGAGGACAACGACUACGGCCGGGCCGUGGACUGGUGGGGCCUGGGCGUCGUCAUGUAUGAGAUGAUGUGUGGGAGGCUCCCUUUCUACAACCAGGACCACGAGAAACUUUUUGAACUAAUACUGAUGGAAGACAUUAAAUUUCCUCGAACACUCUCUUCAGAUGCAAAAUCGCUGCUUUCAGGGCUCUUGAUAAAGGAUCCAAAUAAGCGCCUUGGCGGAGGGCCAGACGAUGCAAAAGAAAUCAUGAGACACAGUUUCUUCUCGGGAGUGAACUGGCAAGACGUGUAUGAUAAAAAGCUUGUACCUCCUUUUAAGCCUCAAGUAACAUCUGAGACAGACACCAGAUAUUUUGAUGAAGAAUUUACAGCUCAGACUAUUACCAUAACACCACCUGAAAAAUACGACGAGGACGGCAUGGACUGCGUGGACAACGAGCGGCGGCCGCACUUCCCGCAGUUCUCCUACUCGGCCAGCGGACGCGAGUAAGCCUCUCUCACGCCGCCACUUCACCGUCACCUUGGGUUGGUCACUGAGAACAGUUCCCGGACAUCACCCCGGUCCUCGCCCUGACAGACGGCAGGAGCGCCCACAGCCACGCGGACCGGUCCCAGGUCUUCGCCCCUCGCCGCCUCUCGCCCACCCGAGAACACCCAUAACGCAGAUCCACUCGACUUUUCGUUUUUGCAUGAACUUGUAUCUCAGUCUAAGGUCUCAUGCUGUUGCUGCUGCUGUCUUACUAUUAUAGCAACUUUAAGAGGUAACUUUACAAUCUGGGGAAGUCAUGAGCCCUCCACGAUCCGUUUGUGCACCAACCGCAUCUUCUGACCUUUCCGUUUCCGUUUUCCCCUGACAGUGAAGGAUAAGUGAGAUACACUGAUUCUAGGUACACUUUCUAACUUUCUAGAAGAGAAAUCAAAAACUAAUUAGACUGAGAAGAUUUAGUGCAUAGUCCAGAACAAGCAAUUGUGGAAGGGUGGUGGUGUGCAUAUGCAGGUUUUAGCGGAGCAUCUCAGAGCAGUGCAUAAAGCAAGCAUCUAUCACUAAGAUCUGGCUGAAAUGCAUUAGGAAGCGCUGGCGGGAAGGACUGAACACCUGCGGAGAUACAUGUCCGUGUAUCUCGCUGUGUAUUUAAACUCCCGUCGGAGACUGCAGAGGAAGCUGGCGUUCCCCGCGGACGUCACGGGCUCCGCGCGGAAGGAAGCAAGCGCGUGCACCGCCGAGCCGCCGCCCGACGAGGGCCUGUGGCAGGCUUGGCACCAGAGAGCCUUUUCCCCCCUGUGCUUGGGAACCUCUUUCCUUGAUAAUAUUUAUCGCCUCUGAUGGCUGAAGAAUGUAGACAGGUGUAAUGAUCCUGCUUCUCACCAAAAUCUGUACACCAAGGGAAACAGCGUUUGCCGUAUUUGCUUUGAUUUUUAAUUUCAGUUCUGCGGGAGUGAGCUUUUUCUCAGAUGUCAGAACUUUGAAUGUCCUGUUACGAUUUUGUUUCUAUCGCAGUAGUAUUUAUUUUUUAGUGAUGAGCAUCUGUGUCAUGUUAGCCAAUGCAGCUCCAACUUCCAUAAAACAGACGUACUGCAGUUUCUUUUGACCCACGUGCGGGAAUGCACACGUGAGGAGAUUCAUGCACUUUUUUCUCCUUUGUGACACAAUGGGGACGAGGCUCUGAAGUUGUACACAUUGUCUAGAAUUUGGCUUUGGGAGGAGACAUGCUGUCAUCUAACCCCUUGGUGCUACAAAUGAGGAAGCCCCCAACUGCCCAGGCCAAGGGGUGAGCGGAGCAACUGGGUGGUGGCGUUCCCUCGUUUGAGAACUGAGAUGUCAUGACAGCCUGACGACAUAAUGAGAUGAAGAAAAUUGAGACCCAGACGAUGAUAAAUGAACCGACUUGGCAAAAUAAACACAUCCCAAGUGUUUCCGGAGUAGGCGGGCAGAGAUGAGAACCCGGUGUGUUUAUUCCGGUCCUGGUACAUUUAUCACUGAGUUAAGCCAUCAGGGAAACAAAACAAAACGAAACAAAAAGAACACCUCCAGCUUUUCUUUUUCUGUAUAUACUCACGUCCCCGAGUUCCAACAUUUCUCACUGAACGGGGACACGUAUGCAAACCUCAUCUUUCUCCUUCAUUGACGACGAUCUUCAGAUUAAACCCUUUGGUGCUAGGAGCUGACGUUUUCCAAAGCAGCCUAUGAGAUCCGGGGGCUGGGGCCCUCCUGGCGGCAGGCGGGGGGGCCGGUGGCCCCGUGGAGUGACCAUGGAGAUGUGUCUUAGGUAAACUAUCUGACAGCUCCCAAAUGGAAGACCACAGAGCGAUGUAGUGUUGUGAUGGCAUCACUGGAUGAAAGAGCAAGUGACUUUCCGAGCGGGACGAGUCAUACUCUCAUGCAGAUGUCUUAGCCUCUGAGCGCCGGGAGUGUGGGUUCACAGCCAGGAAGCCACUGCUGGCGGUGGGCGGGCCGCUGGGACUGCCGGGGGCUAACGGGCAUUCUACUAAGGCAGCUAAGACAUAUUCAGACAUAGGUCUUAUCCUAGUUUCUCAUAUCUCUACCUGAGUGAAGUUCACCCUUAGUACUGAGUAGGAAGUUCCAGUAAACGGCAGUUCACUCUUACACAUAUCGCUCAGCUUUUUUUUUCCCACUUGGAAUUAUGUUGAAUGUUUCACCGUGACAAGAAAGUAGACUAGAAGGUAUGUCUUGUAAGUUGUCUUGCAUUCAUUUUCUAAGAAAGAAACAGAUGGGAGGAGGGGGAGAGAGCUGAGACUGGCUGCUCACAGCAUGGGGUCUGUUCAAGGGGAGGCGUGGCACCCGACACUGAGCGCAUCAGCAGGUUUGGUUUGGUUUUGUUUUUUGUUUUUUUUUUUGGUCUGUUUGUUUUUUGGGUUUGUUUUUUUUUCCAAACCUUAAAGUGAUUUCCAUGACCUUGGCCAAGGACGCAGCGUCAAGAUUGGUGACAGCGUUGGCAGUGCCCCAGGCUGGCCACUCCUCGCAGCUGGCUCUCAGCCCCCUGCCCCUGAUGGGGGCUCCACCGUCCCCGCCCCAGGAUUCUGUGCAAGUCCAGCCGGUGUUUACUUGGCUUCGACCUUGAGAAUCGUCCCUUCCCCUCACUCCCAGGUGUCAGUCAGCUGGCGUGGAGGCGGGAGAGAGAGACAGGAAUGUGUCGGGGAGGCUUCUCGAGCUUCCCCUGUGUCUGCCCGUAGCUGUCGUUUGGGUCCCGGCCGGCAGAGAGGCCCGGACCCCGGCAUCGUUCUAGCAGAACGCAGCUCCCACGGUGCAGACUCCACCUUGACCUGCGGAGCGGCCGUGACGUCUGCCCUCGCGGGGACAACGGGCCACUUCCGCGCGGCGUUUCGGCAGGGUGGCCCACAGCUUUGCUUUACACACUAAUGCCAUAGCAUCAUCCCAGUAUUGUUUUCCAUUUCCCACACCUGGUUUCCGGCUUCUUAGAGCUGACUGUUCUCGCAGGGGCCACUUGCUUCUCCUAGAGUACAAACCAAGGUAAGGGCCUUCCUUACUAACUGCAGGGUCUAUAUACCACACCUCAGCGUACACACUUUGCUGCUACGUUUGUACUGUCUUCAGUAGAACUUCCUGACCUUGCUCCCGGUAGUGCAUUACAGGCAAGCAUGAAAUGUAAAGUAUUUAUUUAAAUAAAAAGAAAACCUCUAAAUUGGUCAUUGAAUUACCUCCCUGUAGCUUUAUAGUUUGUGACAUUUCUUGACUUCUUUCAUUAGAUCCACGCAAGAUCUAGUCAUCUGGGUAAGGAUUUUAAGCGGACGCAACCAUGAACCCAAGAAACUGUAUUACUCUUACCGUUGGUCAUACUAAAACUGUUUAUUUCCUGAAGCAUAUGACCCACAAGGAUGUGAAAUAAACUACAAGAAACUGUUUUUGUACACUGUACAUCCUUAGUAUUUUUACACGUAUAUGAUAGGGUGCACAUUAUUUUCCUCGUACAGACAGCUCAAAUAAAGCACUAUGUCAAUCUG